UGAGGCGCUUAUCGCUAAGGUACUUAACGAGGUACCGCAGUGACAACCCACGGCCGACCUGUCAUCAGCCCUCCUCCGCCUGCGGACGGACAAGACAAACAACAAAAGCUGCGAUACACUCAGCAACAGACAGACACUACCCCGACUCGGUGCUUCGACCCGCCCCAACAAUGGCAACGAACGAGGAAACCCCCGUUGACACGCGCGAUGCACUGGAGGUGCUGGAAUCGGAGGCCAAGGAAUGGGAGAAGGACGCCGAGAUUGACCGCAUCUUGAAAGCAUUUCGGCUUGAUGCCUACGCCGUCCUAGGCCUCAAGCCGGGUGUGCCCGAAUCCGACAUCAAGGCCACCUACCGCAAGAAGUCGCUGCUGAUCCACCCUGACAAGACCAAGAACCCGCUCGCGCCCGAGGCUUUCGACCGGCUAAAGAAGGCCCAGACGGAGCUGAUGGACGAGAAGCACCGCAAGACGCUGGACGAGGCCAUCGCCGACGCGCGCAUGCUGGUGCUGCGCGAGAACAAGUGGACGGUCGACAGCCCCGAGCUCAAGACGGCCGACUUCGAGCGCAAGUGGGCCGACAAGACCAAGUUCGUGCUGAUCGAGAACGAGCAGCGGCGCCGCCGCCAGCUCAAGGCCCAGAUGCAGGAGGAGGGCCGCGAGCAGCGCCGCCGCGAAGAGGAGGCCGAGCAGCGCCGCCGCAAGCGCCAGCACGAGGAGGAGUGGGAGGCCACGCGCGACCAGCGCAUCAACAGCUGGCGCCAGUUUCAAAAAAGCAAGACCGGCGGCGCCGCCGCCGCCGAGCCGUCCGAUGGGCCCGAGAAAAAGAAGAAGAAGAAGCUGAAGCCGAUCGGCUGAGGGCCGCUCAGCACUCUCUGUUUGCUUACUGCGUAGAGUGCCUCUUGCAGUUCGCGGCCCGGCUAUCGACUGUGCCCAUUCCCAGGCGGAUUGCGGGGUUCAAGGGGAGCCAUAUUCAUCGCCUUUUCUUUUGCGCACUACGUAUCAGGGACCCAGCAUGGAGAGAAUCUCUGUACGGAAUAUAGAAGAGGAGCCGGGAUAGUGAACCAAGAAGCU